GAAAUCGAGGCCCACCUCAGUGCCAAGGGCGUCAUUGACUUUGAGAAGAUCAACGAGUUGCCCUUCCUGGAUGCAUGUGUCCAGGAAACCUUACGCCUCUUUCCCUUAUUUGUUGCCCGUAAACUGUGCACAGAGCCCAUUGAGUUGCCCAACAAGAAGGGCGAGAAUUUUGUAGUGGAACGAGGCACCACGGUCAUUGUGCCACAUUGCUGCUUCAUGUUGGAUGAGGAAUAUUUCCCCAAUCCACAGGCCUUCAAGCCGGAACGUUUCAUGCAACCCGAUGCUGCUAAGAUGUAUCGAGAGCAAGGCGUCUUCAAUGGCUUUGGUGAUGGUCCGCGCAUUUGCAUAGGCAUGCGCUUUGCCUUGGUACAGAUCAAGGCCGCUAUUGUGGAGGUGUUGACCAAGUUCAAUAUUCGUAUUAAUCCCAAAACCCGCAAGGAUAUCCUAUAUGAUCCCAGGACCUUUCUGACGACCCUGAAAGGCGGCAUUUGGCUGGACUUUGAGGAGCGUCAAUGA